AUGAUAUGUGUGGAUGGCACUUUCUUAAAGACGAGGUAUGGUGGCCACAUGUUGUGUGUUGUUGCAUUGGAUGCGAAUAGCCACAUUUAUCCGAUUGCGUUUGUGUUGGUUAAUAGUGAGAAUCAUAAUUCUUGGAAUUAUUUCAUGAUGAAAUUGAAGGAAGCCAUUGGAGUUGUUGAUAAUUUGGCUUUUGUAUCAAACAGGCAUGCUAGCAUUAUUCAUGCUCUUGAGGUUGUCUUCCUUGAUGGCCACCACGAGAUGUGGAAUGCAUCAUAUGAAUUUCAGAAGUCAAAAUUUCAUAGGUUCUUUAACAAUAUAAAGCAAAUGGACCCAGCAAUAGGUCAAUAUCUUGAGGGUAUUGGCUUCAAUAAUGGGACUCGUGCUUAUUUUCCAGGGAAUCGAUACAAUAUCAUGACAAGAAACUACACUGAAAGUUUCAACAACAAAACCGAAGACGCAAGAACCCUCCUAGUCACUACUUUUGUGGAGUUCAUUCGUUUCACACUUCAGUCAUGGUUUGUUGGGCGCCGUGAUGAGGUAGUGAAUUGCGCAUCCACAUUAUCACCACUAAUGGAGAAAGAUUUGGCAGGUAUUGUAGCUGAUUCAAAGUACUUGAAAGUCCACGCUCUUGGACAGUUCGAAUUUCAUGUGGUAGACCCAAAUGGUGAUGGUGAAGGGAAUCUGAUGACAAAAUCAUGCUCUUGUGGCAUGUUUAAGAUUAUAGAGAUACCUUGUGUUCAUGCAGUGGCUGUAGCCAUCGACCGCGGUGUUAACAUUUACUCACUAUGUUCCCCAUUCUACACUAGUGAGAUGUGGAGGGAGUCGUAUAAAGAAACAAUUUACCCAACUAGCAACACAAGUGGACAAUUUCUAAGGACAUAA